AUGAAAAGUGACCAGCUGGUCUGUCAUUACUCCUUUGAUCAGAAGGUGGUUGUUGCGGUGCAGUCUACCCACAUUGCUCGAGCCAGCUUCCAAGUUGAUGCUUUCGGAUCAUCUUUCAUCCUAGAUGUGAUGCUAAACCAUGACCUGCUGUCUUCUGAAUAUCUUGAGAGGCAUAUCGAGCAAGGUGGGAAGACAGUGGAAGUUAAAGGAGGAGAACAUUGCUAUUAUCAGGGAGAAAUUCGAGGAAAUCCUGUAUCAUUUGUUGCCUUGUCAACAUGCCAUGGAUUACAUGGGAUGUUCUAUGAUGGAAAUCAUACUUACCUUAUUGAGCCAGAUGAAAACUACACUUCAGAUGAUGACUUCCAUUUCCACUCUGUUUACAAAUCCAAGCUGAUAGAGUUCCCUUCGGAUGACCUGCCAUCUGAGUUCUGGCAAAUGAAUACUACAUCGCAGAAGUUUGUUGUAAAGCCAAGACACAAAAGAAGUAAAAGGCAGGUUCGUCAGAUUCCACACAAAGUUGAAGAGGAAACAAAAUACAUUGAGCUAAUGAUUGUAAAUGAUCAUCUAAUGUGUAAAAAGCACCGCUUGUCAGUCGGCCAUACAAACAGCUAUGCUAAAUCGGUUGUGAACAUGGCAGAUUUAAUAUAUAAAGAACAACUUAACACCAGGAUAGUAUUGGUUGCCAUGGAAACCUGGGCUACUGAUAACAAGUUCACCAUAUCUGAAAACCCCUUGGUGACCCUACGUGAGUUUAUGAAAUAUAGGAGAGAUUUUAUCAGAGAGAAAAGUGACGCAGUUCACCUUUUUUCGGGGAGUCGAUUUCAGAGCAGUCGGAGUGGUGUAGCCCACACUGGUGGAAUCUGCUCCUUGCUUAAAGGCGGAGGUGUGAAUGAGUUUGGAAAGCCAGACUUAAUGGCAGUUACUCUGGCACAAACCUUGGCCCAAAACAUUGGCAUUUUCUCAGACAGAAGAAAACUUAUAAGUGGUGAGUGCAAGUGUGAGGACACAUGGUCUGGAUGCAUAAUGGGAGACACGGGGUAUUAUCUUCCAAGCAAGUUCUCCAAGUGUGAUAUUGAAGAGUAUCAUGAAUUUUUAAACAAUGGAGGUGGAGCCUGCCUUUUCAAUAAACCCACCAAACUUCUGGAUCCUCCAGAAUGUGGCAAUGGCUUUGUGGAAGAUGGAGAAGAGUGUGACUGUGGGACGAUAGCAGAGUGUGCCAACGAAGGAGGAGAGUGCUGCAAUACUUGCACCCUGACGGCAGGCUCCCAGUGCAGCAAUGGGCUUUGCUGUCGGAAGUGCCGGUUUGAACCUAAAGGAGUUUUGUGCCGAGAAGCAGUGAAUGAUUGUGAUAUUGCAGAGAACUGCACAGGAAAUUCCAGUCAGUGUUCUCCCAACAUUCAUAAAAUGGAUGGAUAUUCAUGUGAUAACAAGCAGGGUAUUUGUUUUGGAGGAAGAUGUAAAACCAGGGACCGGCAGUGUAAAUAUAUCUGGGGUGAAAAAGUGACAGCUGCUGACAGGUACUGCUAUGAGAAGCUGAAUAUUGAAGGAACCGAGAAAGGAAACUGUGGAAGAGACAAGGACUCUUGGAUACAAUGCAAUAAACAGGAUGUGCUUUGUGGAUACCUUCUGUGCUCCAAUAUAUCCAGUGUGCCCAGACUUGGAGAACUUGAUGGUGAAAUCACAUCUUCAAUCUUGCAGUUUGGAAAAGUCUACAAUUGCAGUGGUGGCCAUGUGAAGCUCGAUGAGGAGACAGACCUAGGCUAUGUGGAGAAUGGGACGCCGUGUGGGCCGAACAUGGUCUGCCUUGAGCAUCGCUGCCUCCCCACCGAGGCCUUCAACUUCAGUACCUGCCCAGGCACCACAGACAGCCAGAUUUGUUCAGGACAUGGU